ACUCCACAGGAAAACAAUUCCGGAGCUGGACGGAACACACAGAACAGUGUUCAGCCCUUUGGACCGCUGGGUUUCUGACUGACGACACACCAUCCCACACACGGCAGAACACGGCUCACUAAACAACGAAGGCCUAUUGGAUAGCGAAAGGUGUUGAGGCAGAGUUGGCGCAAAGAGAAGAGCGUAAAGCUAUAAGAAGAGGACGACAACGGAGCAAGGCGUUGCGAAGGGGAACGGGAGGGAGCAGGAAAGUUGUGGAGAGGAAGGAAAGAAGGAGUGUGUCCACUCUUCUCCUGGUUGUCCUGUCAGUGGAGGUCUAGCCUUGACUCCGGUAUCUCUAGUUUUCUCCAGAACAAGCCAAUUGUCAGACGGGAAUACGGUGUCAGUGUCUCGUCUCGUAGGUUGCUACCUCUCUGGGCUGGACGGACAUUGACAGCAGCCUCCUGUAGUGUCUUGACCAAUCAGCUGGUUGGGGAUAUCUCUCUCUCUGAGCUGCUGGGAGUACAGGUGUAUACCGAAAGUCUCUGGUUGUGGUUCCAGUGGUUAGUCAUGGAGGACUCUGGUUCCUCCAUCACCUCCAGCAUGGCCUCUCGCUGGACACUGCCUGGCUCACACACAGUGUCCCCGGCGGCGGAGAGGCUGCGCUACAUCCUGGGUGAAGAUGACGACAUGCCGACGCCCACUCUGUUUACGGAGAUGGACACGCUGCAACACGAUGGAGACGAGAUGGAGUGGAAAGAGUCUGCUAGGUGGGUGAAGUUUGAGGAGAAGGUGGAGGAGGGAGGAGAGAGGUGGAGUAAGCCCCAUGUGUCCACCCUGACCCUCCACAGUCUGUUUGAGCUGAGGACCUGCAUCCAGACUGGCAGUGUACUGCUGGAUCUGGAGGGAUACUCCCUGCCACAGAUAGUGGAUGACAUCGUGGACCGCCAGGUGGCAGACGGUCUGAUUGGUCCAGAACUGAGGGAGAAGGUCAGCUUUGUGUUGCUACGGAAACAUCGCCACCAGCAUAAGAAACCCAUCCACCUCUCGCUAGCCGACAUGGGCAAAUCAAACAAUUCCCCCACCAGCCGUAGUCCCCAGUCUGUUCAUAAUGUCAGUCGUAGUAACGUCAGUCGCUUUCCUAGUUCAGCCUCUGGCCUCCAUCACUCCACAGAGGACUUACGAGCCAAGUCAGGCAGCCUUGGUCGCCUGCAUCCCGCGCAAAGCCGAAGCAUGAACGACAUUUCAGACAAGCCAAGCACAGACCAGAUGAAAAACAAGUUCAUGAAGAAGAUACCUCGUGAUGCAGAGGCGUCCAAUGUUCUGAUUGGAGAAGUGGACUUCCUGGAUAAACCAUUUGUAGCUUUCGUACGUCUGGCCCAGGCUACCACACUGGGAGGCCUGACCGAGGUCCCCGUACCUACCAGGUUUCUGUUUGUCUUGCUGGGUCCUCAUGGCAAAGGCAAGUCCUACAACGAGAUUGGCCGAGCUAUCGCCACGCUCAUGGUGGAUGACUUGUUCAGUGACGUUGCGUAUAAAGCCCGGGACAGGGACGACCUGAUCGCGGGGAUUGAUGAGUUUCUGGAUGAGGUCAUCGUUCUGCCCCCAGGGGAGUGGGACCCCAAAAUACGCAUUGAGCCCCCCAAGAAGGUCCCCUCUGCUGACAUGAGGAAGUCUGUGCUGAACCUGAAUGAGCUAGGCCAGGUGAACGGGACCGGGACAGCUGGGGGGCCAGGAGGAGGAGAGGACGAGGAGAUGCCCAUCCCCCACGAACUGGGAGAGGAACUGCAAUUCACUGGCAGGUUCUGUGGAGGCCUGUGGCUGGACAUUAAGAGGAAGGUUCCGUGGAUCCUUAGUGAUUUCUCCCAGGGCUUUCACAUCCAGUCCAUCUCUGCUGUUCUGUUCAUCUACCUGGGCUGCAUCACCAACGCCAUCACCUUCGGAGGCCUGCUGGGAGACGCCACUGACAACUACCAGGGUGUGAUGGAGAGUUUCCUGGGUACAGCGUUAGCAGGUACAGUGUUCUGUCUGUUAGGAGGUCAGCCUCUCAUCAUUCUCAGUUCUACUGGACCCAUCCUCAUCUUCGAGAAACUGCUCUACGAGUUCUGCAAGUCUAACACUAUAGACUACAUGGAGCUGCGUCUGUGGAUUGGUCUCCACUCCUGUCUGCAGUGUCUGAUCCUGGUCGCCACGGACGCCAGUUACAUCAUCAAAUAUAUCACCCGCUUCACCGAGGAGGGCUUCUCCAGCCUCAUCUCCUUCAUCUUCAUCUCGGACGCCAUCAAGAAGAUGGUGGGCUCCUUUAAGUACUACCCCAUCAACCGUGUCUUCAAGCCCGACUACGUUACCACAUACAGGUGUGAAUGUAUCGCACCUGACCAGGCUGCCGCGAUGGCUUUUAACGUUUCAGUUCCACUCGCGGACGAUAAUAUGACUGAUUUGUAUAACAUAACAGGUCUGGACUGGAGUCAGCUGAGUAAGAAGGAGUGUGUGAAGUAUGGCGGCGCCCUGCUGGGGAACGCGUGUAAGUACGUCCCAGACCUGGCCCUCAUAUCUUUUAUCCUGUUCUUCGGCACCUACUCCAUGACCGUCUCCCUCAAGAAGUUCAAGACUAGCCGCUACUUCCCCACCAAGUGCCGUUCCUUGGUUGGUGAUUUCUCCAUCAUCAUCUCCAUCCUGGUGUUCUGUGGGAUAGACUACCUGUUAGGCCUGGAUACGCCCAAACUGCACGUGCCCACGGAAGUCAAGCUGAGGAAACUGAUCAGUGAUUUCUCCAUCUUCAUGUCAAUCAUGACGUUUGUGGGUCUGGAUAUGCUUGUAGGGCUGGACACGCCCAAACUAAUUGUACCCACAGAGUUUCAGCCGACGCGUCCAGACCGUGGCUGGGUGGUGAUGCCGUUUGGUAAGAACCCGUGGUGGGUGUAUGUGGCCAGCGCCGUCCCUGCUCUCCUGGUCACCAUCCUCAUCUUCAUGGACCAACAGAUCAGCGCUGUCAUCGUCAACCGCAAAGAGAAUAAACUCAAGAAAGGUUGUGGGUACCAUCUGGACCUGUUCUGGGUGGGUAUUCUGAUGGCAGUGUGUUCCUUCCUGGGCCUGCCCUGGUACGUGGCUGCAACUGUCAUCUCCAUCGCCCACAUCGACUCUCUGAAGAUGGAGAGUGAGUCCAGCGCCCCAGGAGAGCAGCCCCAGUUCCUGGGAGUCAGGGAGCAGAGGUUGACGGGUAUUCUGGUGUUUGUCUUAACUGGAGUUUCCAUCUUCCUAGCUCCUGUCCUUCAGUACAUCCCCAUGCCUGUUCUCUACGGUGUCUUCCUCUACAUGGGAGUAGCCUCACUCGCAGGAAUACAGUUCUGGGAGCGUAUCAAGCUGUACCUGAUGCCAGCCAAGCACCAGCCAGACUUCUCCUUCCUGCGUCACGUUCCUCUGAGGAGAGUCCAUCUCUUCACCCUGGUCCAGAUUAUCUGUCUGGCUGUCCUCUGGACCCUCAAGUCUACCGUAGCGGCCAUCAUCUUCCCUGUCAUGAUCCUGGGUCUGAUGGUGGUGCGUAAGAUGAUGGACCUGAUGUUCUCUCAACACGACCUGGCCUGGCUGGAUGACAUCCUGCCGGAGAAAGACAAGAAGAAGGAGAAGGAUGGGAAGAAAAAGAAAGACCACAAAAGGACCAAAGCAGCAGAGCCGGAGAGCGACGAGGAGCCCAAGAGUCCCCUCCCUCCUCCAGUGAAGAUACCCAUGGACACCAUAGACCUGCCUUCAGCACCUGACCCCUCUGUAACCCCACCCACCCAGCCCCCCGUCUGACUGAGAAGAAUGUUUACACUAGUGUAAAUCCAGAUGGAAGUCACCGGAUGCAUCCCCCCGGCCCUGACGCACACACACCGACUGGGGACUACACUGCCAGAAUGUCCACACCUAUGACUACUGACACACACACAUGUAAAAACACACACGCACGCAUACAUCCACUUACUACUGCCAGCUAGACUACUGACAACUACUGUAUAAUCCCAUGCACAGCUAAUAACUAUUAGCAAACAUCCAUUUACUAUUAGCAUUCUUUACCACUGUUUUUACUUUAAAAAUAAAAAAGUAAUACACAUUGAAUUUCAUAUAAAUGUAUACAAAUAUUCUAUAAAAUGUAGAUAUGAUGUGAUGUUUAACAUGUAAACAAAUGUCUAUUACAUUCAGCUGGAUAGUAGUUAGUUAUUAUACUUUUAAACAUUGUACAAAUCACAGUACGGUCUGGGAGACAUACCCAGACACAUGAAUCACACGCCGCUCUGAACCAUAAGUCUACUGUCCGAGGCUGUUGGAGCAUAGAUCGCGGUGUGUGGACUGAGGUUUCUUUUCCCUCAUCAUAUUCUCUGAUCUCCAGCACCUGCUUAAAACCACUGGAUGCUGUGUGUGUUUUUUCCUGCGCUAUCCUUUGGCCCUACUGUAGUUUGUGAGGGCCGACUGACAGUCGUUUAGAUACCAGAGCCCUUGCACCUGAAACCAAUGCAGAAGUAGUUUUUUUGUGUGUGUUUGUUUUGAUGUCUCCCGUGUGUAAUUUAUUCACUGUGUGUCAUGUGGUUUGUAGCAGGAACCUCUUGUACUAAUGUAACGACGACUCUGAAGGCACAGUUAGCAAAGGAAGGGCUAUAAUGUGACAGUAACCCAAUAUUAUAAUGCAGUGUUAUUCUGCAAAUUGACCACAAGAAGCCAUCAGAUUGCUAUCAAUUUGCAUGCCCCCAGACCACUGUCUUUUUCCACUGGCACUGACUUUGCCGAUAAAUACUUUGUUGAGGGAAAAUGUACUUGAUACCAUUGUGAUGUGUUGUUGUCUCACCUACAGUAGUUAUCUUAAGAUGAACGAACUAAGUGUGAAACUAUGUUUGUGCGUGCUCGUGAGACUGUGAUUGUGUGAGCUCACGAGGGUGAGAGCGUGUGUGUGUGUGUGUAACCUGGGCUUGUUGCACCUGAAUGUGCCUCCCUCAGAGUCCCUCUGCACCUGAAGAUCUGCACCCCCCACACACACACAACCCUCACCCCACCAGCUGAAUCCCAGGUGAGCCUUACCUACGGAUCCUCAUCACGCCCUCCUGUUCCCCCGUUCGCCAUCCAGGUAGAGUCCGAGGAGACUGUCCUCUAUUCAAGGUGUCACAACCUUUACCCCCGCAUUAACCUCUGUCCUCCAAAUGGAUGCUAUCUGACCUCUAAGACUCAACGAGGCCCGCAACAAUACAAACACUCACACUCUUGUCACUAUUACUUAGGCAACUAAAUUGUACUGUAGGUUGACAGCACAUACAGUGGGGAGAACAAGUAUUUGAUACACUGCCGAUUUUGAAGGUUUUCCUACUUACAAAGCAUGUAGAGGUCUGUAAUUUUUAUCA